UUUUUUUGUAGAUUGUUUUUAAAAGAUUCAAGGAGACUAGCCUCUUUAUAAGGAUUUAUGAGCUUAUAUAGCUCUAGAAGAUCUCAUCUUUGUGAGAAAUAUAUAUAUUCCUUAAGAUGAUUUCUGAUGGGUUAUCAGAAGAAAGUUAUCUUUUAAGGCAAAAAACUCAAAGGGAUGUUGAAGGAGUUGAGGAUAUUUCUGUUAUUUGGACCAAACAAUCACUUAUUAUUAUAUAUAUUAGUGUUUUUGUUGUGAUGUAUUGUAUUUCUUUAGAAUCACAGACAACUUCUAAUUUUAUUCUUCCUGCAACAUCUUCUUUUGGUAAAAACUCGUUAAUUCCUUUAAUUAAUACAAUCAAUGGGAUUUUAUAUACGGCUGUAAAACAGCAGAUGUUAAGAUUAAGCGGAUUAAUUGGUAUUAUGGAAGUGUUUUGUAUUUCUCUUUUAUUAUAUGAUAUAGGAUGUUUGAUGUAUAUGAUAAGUAAGAAUAUUAUUACAUUUAUUAUAUCAUCUAUUUUUCAUACAAUUGGUACUACGGGUUUUCAUGUUCUUGAACAAUUUGUUAUUACAGAUACCUCUGAACUUUUAAAUAGAGGUCUUUUAAAUACUAUACUUAAUAUACCUCUUCUUAUUAAUGUUUGGGUGGGGCCAAAUUUAGCACAAAGUAUUUAUAUGCCGAAAUCAGAUAGUGAACAAUGGAGAUGGGGUUAUGGUAUAUGGGCGAUUGUUCUUUCUGUAGUAUCUCUUCCUAUGGUUUCAAUAUUAUAUUUAAAUCGUCUAAAAGCUAAAGAAAUGGGUUUAUUAUCUAUAGAAGAUAAUCAUAGCAGGACAAUAUGUGCAUUUAUAAAAAGACUUUUCGUUGAACUUGACCUUGUUGGAAUUAUAAUAUUAUCUUUAGGAUUUUCUUUAUUUUUUUUUCAGUUAAUUCAUGAAUUCCCUGUUCUUUAUGAUGCUAAAUCAGUAUAUAUUUCUUCGAUACUUAUUAUAUUAAUUGUUUUAUGUGUUGUAUUUCCUUUAUGGGAAUUCCAUUAUGCAAAAUUCCCAAUUUUUAGUAAGGGUUUGUUUAAAAUGGAGGAAAUAACUAUAGGAUAUUUUUCUUCAUUUUUUUAUUUUAUGGGAUUUUAUCUUUACAAUAAUUAUUUCACUACUUAUCUCUAUGUUACCAAAUCUAAUUCUAUCAAGAGAAUUGGGUAUUUAAAUAAUGUAUUUUCAUUUACUUCAACUAUUGUUGCUAUAUUUGUUGGUAUAUUUGUGAAAUAUAAUAAAAUAUAUAGGAUCUUUGUUUAUAUUGGCUCCCCAAUUUAUAUAAUUGGAAUAAUAUUUAUGAUAUAUAAUCUUAGAACUGAUGAAUCAGUAAUGGAAAUGGUUAUUUCUCAAGCUAUAAUCGGUAUUAGUGGGGGGUUUUAUAAUAUGUCUACUUUAGUUGGAAUUCAAAUUUCAUCAACUCGUCAGCAAGUUGCUAUUAACACUGCUGUGUUUUUAACGUUGGCAUCAGUAGGUGGUGCUAUCGGAUCUGCAAUUUCGGGUAUUGUGUGGUCUAAUCUUCUUCCAAAAAUGUUAAAUUUUUAUUCUAAAUAUUUAAAUUUAUUUUUAACUCCAAGCGAUUAUCUUUUAAUUAUUGGGAGUCCCUUUAUGCUUGAUCAACACGUGAAAUUUGCUAAGGGCACGGUUGGAAGAAUGGUUAUUGUUUUAGCAUAUAAUGAUGUGAUGAGAACUCUUUAUAUAUGUUCUGUAAUAUGCGCUGUUCCCAUGUUGUUGUGUGUAAUGUUUACUGAAAAUAUUCAUAUUGAUAAAACUGCUCAAGAUUCUUUUAAAGUCAUUGAUAUGUAUAGGGAUUCAGAUGAAUUAAAGUAGAUUCUGGGUUUUUGACAGUGUUUUUGUUUGAAUAAUCCCUAAAAAAUAUUAAAAUUACUAAAUUUUAAGGUUUCUAUUUUUAGGCAGAAA